AUGUCAAAGGAAGCGAACGGAAAGGUCGGUGGAGAUAUCCCAAAGAUCCAGCUGGAGACCAAAGAGGACGUGCUAUUCCUACAGGGUCAGUUUUCCGAGUUCCUGCAAAGGACCAUGAACAGCAAUGCAGCCCUCCGCGACGGCCCAUACACUGAUGCACAGCGCGAAGAAGCGCGAGCACUCGUCCUGACGACCCUACAAGAGUGGUCAGAGAAAGUAUGGAAGGCUGCGGGCGACAAUAUCUCGGUAAAUGGGUUCCCCUACCGGGAGGCCAUGGCAGAGCGGGCGCGCAUCGAGCCACUGGACGAGAAGCUGAAGAGCGAGGUCGAGGCCCUCCGGGAGGAAGCCAACAGCCUGCUUUUGUCGGUGACGCAGAAGCGGCAGACAGUGCCGGAGCAGAUCGAGAGCCUGGUGAAUGACGUGGUAUGCCGCGAGUCAAUCGCAGCCGAAAACACGACGGAAUUGCAGGAUUCGGAGGAGCGUUCAGAUGGGCUGCCGUAUGUGGCCGACCGCAUUAACGGCGAGUUCCAGCAGGCAUUGCAGGUAGCAAAGAAGCUGGGUGAGAACGUGCCCAAGACUAUUGAGGAGCUGCAGAGGCUCGGCACCGCAGUCGAGGAUACCAGGACGCGGCUAGAAGAGGAAAAGACUGGCGACGAGAAAGCCCGGUGGGCCUUGUACGGGAGGGAGCGCGAUAGAAGGGCGGCGAACAACGGCGUAGAGAGGGCCGAUGCCCAGGCGCUUGCGUAUCGCGCAGCCUUGCAUGCCGUGUCCAAUGAGUGA